CCCCGCCCCAAGAUCCUUCCAGAACUCGCCGGCAGAUCAGCGAGGCCAGGCGUCUACUUCAGGAUCAACUCACAACACUGAAACCACCAUUCGUAUAAGUAUUUGGACCACAUAUUCCACCUGCAAAGAUGUCCUCCUUAGGGGCACUCGCAUUUGAUGAAUAUGGCCGGCCUUUCAUCAUUAUAAAAGACCAAGACACGAAAACUCGCUUGUCCGGGCUGGACGCACUGAAGUCUCACAUCAUGGCAGCAAAGGCAGUGGCCACUACGCUGAAAACAUCGCUGGGCCCAAAUGGCCUUGACAAGAUGAUGGUGGACAGGGAUGGAGAAGUAACAGUGACCAAUGACGGUGCCACCAUCCUCAGUAUGAUGGAUGUUGAUCAUCAGAUUGCCAAGCUCAUGGUGGAACUCUCCAAGUCUCAAGAUGAUGAAAUUGGAGAUGGAACUACUGGUGUUGUUGUCCUGGCCGGCUCCCUUCUGGAGCAGGCUGAGCAGCUGCUGGACCGUGGCAUUCACCCCAUCAGGAUCGCCGAUGGCUAUGACCGCGCUGCCACAAUCGCCAUCGCACAGCUUGACAAGAUCAGCGACAGCUACCCCGUCGACCCCAACAACACCGAGUCCCUCGUUCAGACGGCUAUGACGACGUUGGGCUCCAAAGUGAUUAACCGCUGUCACAGACAGAUGGCAGAAAUUGCAGUCAAUGCCAUCCUGACUGUGGCAGACAUGGAGAGGAAAGAUGUUGACUUUGAGCUCAUCAAGGUGGAGGGCAAGGUCGGAGGCAAGCUGGAGGACACCCAGCUCAUCAAGGGAGUGAUUGUGGACAAGGAGUUCAGCCACCCUCAGAUGCCCAAGCUCUUGAAGGACACAAAGAUUGCCAUCCUGACCUGCCCGUUUGAGCCCCCCAAGCCUAAGACCAAGCACAAGCUGGACGUGACCUGUGUGGAGGACUACAGAGCGCUGCAGAAGUAUGAGAAGGAGAAGUUUGAGGAGAUGAUCCAUCAGGUCAAGAAUACUGGGGCCAAUCUUGCCAUCUGCCAGUGGGGUUUUGAUGAUGAGGCGAACCACAUGCUGCUGCAGAAUGAGCUUCCUGCUGUGCGCUGGGUGGGCGGCCCAGAGAUUGAGCUCAUCGCCAUUGCAACCGGCGGGCGAAUUGUGCCACGUUUCAGUGAGCUGACCCCAGAGAAGCUGGGCAGUGCUGGCCUUGUGAAGGAGAUCUGCUUUGGCACCACCAAAGACAGGAUGCUGGUCAUUCAGGAGUGCAAAAAUUCCAGAGCCGUUACGAUUUUCAUCCGUGGAGGGAACAAAAUGAUUAUCGAGGAGGCCAAGCGUGCUCUUCACGAUGCCCUGUGUGUCAUCCGUAACUUGGUGCGGGACCACCGCGUUGUGUAUGGUGGAGGUGCCUCAGAGAUCGCCUGUGCUCUCGCUGUCAAUGAGGCAGCUGAUAAGUGCCCUUCUCUGGAGCAGUACGCCAUGAGGGCCUUUGCGGACGCUCUUGAAGUCAUUCCCAUGGCACUGGCUGAAAACAGCGGCCUGAACCCCAUCCAGACCAUGACUGAAAUUAGAGCCAGACAAGUCAAGGAAAACAACUCUGCCCUCGGCAUCGACUGCCUUCACCGGAAUACUAAUGACAUGAAGCAGCAGCAUGUGAUUGAAACGCUGAUUGGUAAGAAGCAGCAGAUCUCCCUGGCAACCCAAGUGGUGAAAAUGAUCCUGAAGAUCGACGACAUCAGAGGCCCAGGCGAGUCUGAGGAUUGAUCGCUUUCUCUUCGACGAUGUCUAGUGAAUCACCCUGUGCACUUGUUUCGUGAGAAUUGUGUCCAGUCUUUCAGUCUUAUUUAUCCUUUGAUACGUUGCUCUUGCUAACUGUAGUGGGCCUGAAGUCAAUAAAGUCUUCAUCUGUCACA